UCACAUGGUGGAGAUAAACUGGUGGCGUAAAGAUGAGUAAUAAUAACAAUAAUCGAUUACGUUGUGACAUUUAGGAUAGACGUUUUUUGUGCAUAGUCAUCGGUGUGGUUGUUACAUAUCUGUACCCACAGUAAAAUUCAAUUUGAAGCAAUAUAUUGCGCCACAACUGCACCUAAUCCGUCGUGACGUAAUGAGACUGCUACCACCUUCCUGUAUUUCCUCCUCAUAAAUAACUCGUUCGGAGUAGGAACUGAUGAAGGCUAAUCUGCUUCCAUAGCAGUAGCCUAUGUAGAAUUACAUUUCUACAAGAACAUUAGAUCGCGUUUUAAGUAAGAAGAGAAGGAUUCUAGUUUUUCUUUCCUGUGACGUUAGCUAUUUACGUUAGCUUACUAACAAGCCAGCUCUUGCGGUUUUAGGGGGUUGUUGUGCUCUGUAGAACUGCAGCCAUGAUGGCGUCCAGCUAUAACGCAAAGGAGGAGGACGGGCACCAUUCUGGGGCUUCAGGACCAGGCGGUGGAGCGGUUGUCAAAAGCAAGAAACCCGACAACACAGCCUUCAAACAGCAAAGAUUGCCCGCUUGGCAGCCCAUCCUUACCGCUGGAACCGUGCUGCCAGCUUUUUUCGUCAUUGGUCUCAUCUUCAUUCCGAUCGGCAUUGGCCUUUUUGUAACAUCAAACAAUAUCAAGGAGUUCGAGAUUGAUUAUACAGGGACAGACCUGUCAAGCCCCUGUUUUAACUGCUCAAAUAAUUUCAGCUGGAAUAGCACGGUGCCAUGCAAAUGUUCUGUGUCCUUCUCCCUUGACCAACCAUUUGAGAGCAACGUUUUCAUGUACUAUGGACUGUCCAACUUCUACCAGAACCAUCGACGUUACGUGAAGUCUAGGGACGACAGCCAGUUGAAUGGUGACAAGACAUCACUGACAAAUCCCAGCAAGGAAUGUGAACCAUAUCGCACCAGUGACAGAAAGGCCAUAGCACCGUGUGGUGCCAUUGCCAACAGCCUUUUCAAUGACACCUUGGAACUGUAUUACAUUGAUCCUAAUGGCACCAGAACCAAAAUCGAACUGGUGAAGAAGGGAAUUGCUUGGUGGACGGACAAGCAUGUGAAAUUCAGGAAUCCUGGUGGAAAUAACCUCAACCUCACUGUAGUUUUCCAAGACACAUCCAAGCCGGUGAACUGGGGCAAGCCUGUGUAUGAGCUCGACACUGACCCAGAAAACAACGGCUUCAUCAAUGAGGACUUCAUUGUGUGGAUGCGCACGGCAGCCCUGCCUACCUUCCGCAAACUGUACCGCAUCAUCCAAAGGAAGAACAGCAUGACCCCGACCCUGCCCAGGGGAAACUACACUCUGGACAUCACCUACAACUACCCCGUGCGCAGCUUUGAGGGCCGUAAGCGCAUGAUCCUGAGCACCAUCUCCUGGAUGGGAGGGAAGAACCCCUUCCUGGGCAUCGCCUACAUCACCGUGGGCUCCGUCUGCUUCUUCCUGGGUGUGGUCCUCCUAAUCAUCCACCACAAAUACGGGAACCGCAGUAACAGCGGUGAUAUCCCGAACUAAACGCACCUCUGUGCGAAAGUGCAUGAUACCCCCCCCACCCCCACCACCCUCGGGACAGGUCCGCUAGCUAAUUCAAUGUCAAAACACUGGUGUCUGCAAUGUAGAAGCAACUGUCUCUGCUUCGCAUGUUUGAAAAGCUUUUUCGUUAUUUCCUUGGAUGGAGGCUUGUGCAGUGUCUGGUAGGGUUCUGGCUAUGCAUAUGCAGUCAUGGAAUGGGAGAUGGCAAUGCGAAAUGAAACUUAAGACAAGGUUUUACAUGUCGAAAUUGCAAUAGGUCUGUGUAACCCGUGGAAUUCUCCCUGUAUAAGUUACGUGAAAAUGCAUUUAGCUAAAUGUGCAGGGGCGACUUUAAUAACUUAAUAUUAGAGGAAGGAGCAAAUGAUGUGUAUGAAAGUGAUUGUCAUGCAAGUUAAAAAGAAAAAUGCGAUUUAGCAUAUUUCCUGCUGGUGUAUGUCCUGUUAUUUAUUGCUUUAUUAUUAACGGUUUUAUGUCAGACUUUAGCUCAAUCUUGCUUCAGUGUGGAAUGCAUUCAACUGAUUGGGCUGUAUUACGUCUAAAUGUAUUUCAUGUCCUACAAAUCACGCAUAUUCAUGAUUGAAAAACUCCAAGAACCUUUCAACAAAACGACCAUUGUUUGAAACUUUUGAAGGUAAUGUAAACUGUUAUGCUAAAAUACAUGUUGGUAUUUAUUUAAAUUAUACUAUGUUUUGCAAGUUUGUCGUGCUUUUAAAUACUUUCGAAAUGUGCGUGUGUAUUCUGUGCACAUGCAUGCAAGAUUGGAAUUUACUUUUGAAGGAACAUUGUGAAAAUCAUGUGGAUUUGAAAGUCUGUACGGACCAAAAAAAGAUUUACUUAUUUUGGAGCAAGUUUACUGAGAGAUGGAGUUGAACUUACUUUCUGGAGUUAAAAUAUUUAAAACAGUUACCAAUUCAGUUGCACUUUAUAUUUUUUGUGUUAUACUGGUGACAUUGUUAGCUUCAUUUCAAUAUUUUAUGGAUUGUAAAAUUACCAUUUUUUUUCUGAUGUUUACAUCAUAUGAUGGAUAAAUAAAAAAUGAAAAAUGAAUAAAAAUAGGUUCUUUACUAUGUCUAUCACA